AUGGACGCGAUCAAGCAGACUUUCGCUAAGUGCAAGGAGCAGAAGCGUGCUGCCCUUGUUGCCUACAUCACAGCCGGAUACCCCUCUGUCGAGGAAGCCGUUGACAUCCUCCUCGGCCUCGAGAACGGCGGAGCUGACAUCAUCGAACUCGGAAUUCCAUUCACAGACCCAAUCGCUGAUGGCCCCACUAUCCAGACCGCCAACACCAAGGCCCUUGAGAACGGUGUCACCCUCACUACUGUCCUACAGCUUGUCCGUGAUGCCCGUCGCCGUGGGCUCAAGGCCCCUCUCAUGCUGAUGGGAUACUUCAACCCAGUCCUCAAAUAUGGUGAAGAGCGUAUGCUGAAGGACUGCAAAGAAGCUGGUGUUAACGGCUUCAUCAUGGUGGACCUGCCACCUGAGGAGGCCGUUCGCUUCCGUGACCUUUGUGCCAGCAACAGCCUUUCUUACGUCCCUCUCAUCGCCCCUGCCACAUCUGAUGCACGCAUGCGCCUGCUUUGCAAGAUUGCCGACUCUUUCAUCUACGUCGUUUCCCGCAUGGGUGUUACCGGUGCUACCGGUACUCUGAGCAGCAACAUCCCCGAGCUUCUGAACCGCGUCCAUGAGUACUCUGGCAAUGUCCCAGCUGCCCUAGGAUUUGGAGUCAGCACCCGCGAGCACUACCUGUCUGUCCAGGACCAGGCCGAGGGUGUCGUCAUCGGCAGUCAGAUCAUCACCGUCGUUGGCAAGGCCCCUGCUGGUCAGGCUGCCAAGGCUGCCGAGGAGUACCUCUCCAGCGUCACCGGCCGCAAGCGUGAGCGUGACGCCGCUGGCGCCUGGACCCGCGAGAUCAACAUUGUUGAGGCCAUUGAGAAGGCCCAGCCCGCCACUGAUGCCCACCCCACCAAGGUUAUCACUGAUGCUGAUGUUCCUUCUGGACCUGGCCUUGGUGACCAGCUUGAGGCACUGAACGUCACCCAGAACCCAGCUUCCCAACCCUCUCGCUUCGGUGAGUUCGGUGGACAGUACGUCCCCGAGUCCCUCAUGGACUGCUUGGCUGAGCUUGAGCGAGGCUUCGACGCCGCUAACAGCGAUCCCAAAUUCUGGGAAGAGUUCCGCUCAUACUACCCCUACAUGGGCCGCCCCAGCAGCCUCCACCUGGCUCAGCGUUUGACCGAGCACGUCGGUGGGGCCAACAUCUGGCUUAAGCGUGAGGACCUUAACCACACUGGAAGUCACAAGAUCAACAACGCCCUUGGCCAGAUCUUGAUUGCUCGUCGCUUGGGCAAGACCCGCAUCAUUGCUGAGACCGGUGCUGGCCAGCACGGUGUCGCCACCGCGACCGUCUGUGCCAAGUUCGGCAUGAAGUGCACCGUCUUCAUGGGUGCUGAGGAUGUCCGCCGUCAGGGACUCAACGUUUUCCGUAUGAAGCUUCUCGGUGCUUCUGUAGUUGCUGUCGAGGCUGGUAGCCGCACUCUGCGCGAUGCUGUCAACGAGGCUCUCCGCGCCUGGGUUGUCGAGCUCGACACCACCCACUACAUCAUCGGUUCCGCCAUUGGUCCCCACCCCUUCCCCACCAUUGUCCGUACCUUCCAGUCCGUUAUCGGUAACGAGACCAAGGAGCAGAUGCAGGCCGAGAUUGGCAAGCUUCCCGAUGCCGUCGUCGCCUGUGUUGGUGGUGGUAGUAACGCUGUGGGCAUGUUCUACCCCUUCUCCAACGAUCCCAGCGUUAAGCUCGUUGGUGUUGAGGCUGCCGGUGAUGGUAUCGAUACUGAGCGCCACUCUGCCACUCUUUCCGGUGGAUCCCACGGUGUCCUGCACGGUGUCCGAACCUACGUCCUGCAGAACGAGCACGGUCAAAUUGCCGAGACUCACUCUAUCUCUGCUGGCCUCGAUUACCCCGGUGUCGGCCCCGAGCUCUCCAACUGGAAGGACAGCAACCGUGCUACCUUCAUCGCCGCCGACGACAGCCAGGCUCUCGCUGGAUUCCGCGCUCUCGCCCAGCAUGAAGGUAUCAUCCCUGCUCUGGAGUCUUCCCACGCCGUCUGGGGUGUCAUGGAGCUUGCCAAGACUAUGGGCAAGGGCCAGAACGUUGUUCUCAACGUCAGUGGUCGUGGAGACAAGGAUGUCCAGCAGGUUGCUGACGAGCUGCCUCGCCUGGGCCCCAAGAUCGACUGGGACCUCCGCUUCUAA